CCGGAGAUGGCACAGAGGCAGACCCGGCCGCCCUCACCCUGCUGGGACCUCAGGGCGGGGUGCGACAAGGGUCGGAAGUCGGCGGGCAGAGGGCGCAGUCGGCGCCGGCGCCCCAUCGGGGGCUGGGCACACCCCUGGAGGGAGCUGGUCACGUGACCGUGGAAGCCCGCCGCCACGUGGGACUGGCGCUGCAGCUCCGUCUGCCCGCCCGGCCUGCGACAGUCACCGGUCGACCCCCGGGACCCUCUGUCACUCGCUCCCACUGACCCUCCCUCAGGUGGUGGAGCCCGGAGCGCGGAUCCCGGCGGCCCUUGCGGGACAGAUGGGCAGUGAGAGGCUCCGGAGGUGGUGUCCAGGCUUUGAGCUGCCCUAAGUCUGUAGACGGGCUGGGUGUGGACCGCAGGCAUGGCCCAGCCACGGGUCUUGGUCCUCGAUGUCCCUGAGACUCCAGGGGACCAGGACCAGGAGCCCAGCCCCUAUGAGGAGAGUGAGGUGCAUGACUCCUUUCACCAGCUCAUCCAAGAGCAGAGCCAGCUGGCGGCCGAGGAGGAGCUGGAGCUGCAGCAGAGGCAGCUGGUGGCUGGAGCCCUGGGGCCCCCAGGUAGUGGUCACCAGACCCUCGUGGGGCCAGGGGGUGCCCCCGUCCAUAGCACGGCCACACUCCGCAUCUUGGCCAGCAUGCCCAGUCGCACCAUUGGCCGCAGCCGGGGGGCCAUCAUCUCCCAGUACUACAACCGCACAGUGAAGCUGCGGCGCCGGGGCAGCCGGCCCCUGCUUGGAAACAUGGUGCGCUCAGCCCGACCCAGCCUCCGCCUGUACGACCUGGAGCUGGACCCCGCCACCCUCGAGGAGGACGAGAAGAGAAGCCUCCUGGUGAAGGAGCUUCAGGGCCUGUCGGUGGCCCAGCGGGACCACGUGCUUCGGGGGAUGCCCUUGAACUUGGCUGAGAAACGCUGCCUGCGAGAGAAGAGCCAGGUCCAGAGGGGGAAGCGGAGGGGCCCGCAGGACCGCGGGGGUGUCUUCUCCUGCUGCAGCCGGCUCAGAUAUGCCUGCAUCCUGGCCCUGCAUAGCCUGGGGCUGGCCCUGCUCUCAGGCCUGCAUGCCGUCCGGCCCUGGCGCUACGCACUGAAGCAAAUCGGAGGCCAGUUUGGCUCCAGCGUGCUCUCCUACUUCCUGUUCCUCAAGACCCUGCUGGCCUUCAAUGCGCUGCUGCUGCUGCUGCCUCUGGCCUUCCUCGUGGGCGUGCAGGCGGCCUUCCCGCCAGAGCCGCCGGGCCCUGCCCCUGCCUUCACAGGCCUGGAGCUCCUCACAGGCGGGGGCUGCUUCACCCACACCGUCAUGUACUACGGCUACUACAGCAACACCACGCUGAACCAGCUGUGUGUCCCCCCACGGCAUGGCGACCAGUGCAGCCCCAGGGCCAGCAGCCUUCCCUACAGUAUGCCCCUGGCCUACCUCUUCACUAUGGGAGCAGCCUUCUUCAUCACCUGCAUCACCUUGGUGUACAGCAUGUCGCAUGCUUUUGGGGAGAGCUACCGAGUGGGCAGCACCAAGGGUGUCCACGCCAUCACCGUUUUCUGCUCCUGGGACUACAAAGUGACUGAGAAGCGGGCCUCUCGCCUCCAGCAGGACAACCUCCGCACCCAGCUGAAGGAGCUGCUGGCUGAGUGGCAGCUGCACCGGAGCCCCCGGAGCCUGUGCGGGAGGCUGCGGCGGGUGGUCACGCUGGGGCUGGCGUGGCUGCUGUGUCUGGGGACCAUGUUGGGCUGCUCCGUGGCCGUCUUCGUCUUCUCAGAGGUCAUGAUCCAGAGCCCGGUGUCCGCUGGCCAGGAGGUGAGGUUGCUGGCCCUGCCCCUGGUGGUCUCCCUCCUCAACCUGGGGGCCCCGUACCUGUUCCGUGGCCUGGCCGCCCUGGAGGGGCACGAGUCCCCGGGGCUGGAGGUGUACGUGGCCAUCUGCAGGAACCUCAUCCUCAAGAUGGCCAUCCUAGGCAUUCUUUGCUACCACUGGCUGGGCCGCAGGGUGGCUACCCUGCAGGACCAGUGCUGGGAGGACUUUGUGGGCCAGGAGCUCUACCGGUUCAUGGUGAUGGACUUCCUCUUUGCACUGCUCGACACGCUCUUUGGAGAGCUGGUGUGGAGGCUCAUCUCAGAGAGGAAGCUCAAGAGGAGGCGGAAACCUGAGUUCGACAUUGCGAGGAAUGUUCUGGACCUGAUUUACGGGCAGACUCUGACCUGGCUGGGGGUCCUCUUCUCACCUCUGCUGCCGGCCGUGCAGGUCCUCAGGCUGCUGCUCCUCUUCCUGGUCAAGAAGGCCAGCCUGAUGGCCAACUGCCAAGCUCCACGCAGGCCCUGGCUGGCCUCGCACAUGAGCACCGUCUUCCUCACACUGCUCUGCUUCCCCUCCUUCCUGGGUGCCGCCAUCUUCCUCUGCUAUGCUGUGUGGCAGGUGAAGCCCUCCAGCACCUGCGGCCCCUUCCGGACCCUGGACACUAUGUAUGAGGCAGGCAGGGUGUGGGUGCGCUACCUGGAGAGGGCGGGCCCCGGGGCCUCCUGGGUGCCCUGGCUGCACCAGUACCUGGUGGAGAGCACCUUCUUCCUCUUCCUGGCGUCUGCCCUGCUGCUGGCCAUCAUCUAUCUCAACAUCCAGGUGGUGAAGGGUCAGCGGAAGGUCAUCUCCCUCCUCAAGGAGCAGAUCCGCAAUGAGGGGGAAGACAAAAUCUUCUUGAUCAACAGGCUUCACUCCGUCUACGAGAGGAAGGAGCGGAGCAGCCAGACUGCUCCGUCUUUCCUACUGCCUUGAGCCUUCAUUGUUCCCUGUGGUCAGAGCAGGGAAGGGAAGCGGCCAGAUGCAGACACACUAAUGCAACUCCCGCGUGUACAAGACCUUCACAACAGGAGGGUGGCUGACAUCUUCCUGGUGACUGCAGACACCAGUACACACAUGCACAUGCAUGCACACGUGUGCAAGUACAGAGACACCCACUCAGACCCUGGCUCUCCCACUUCCCUCACUGCCCACCUGCUGGGGCAGUGGAGAAGCUGGCCCCAGAGGCCAUGUCUGCAGGUCUGUGGCUGUGGCCAGCAGGACUCCUCCCCAGCAGCAGAACCUACAGUGUUGACAAUGGCUGUUUGGAAGCAUCUCUGAAUAAAACCCCCCCUCUGCCACUCACUGCACAAGCAUGCUGGGCCCCAGCUAGCCUCGGGCUGGGCUCAUGCAGCUCCUGCACUCUGGGCUUCGGUUUCCCGGCGGGGAGGAGGGAUUGGCAUCACCCAGUCGCACUGCAGGCAAAGGCAUGCUGUUCCCCGAGUCCCCCCACUGCCGUAGCCUGUGCAGAAAGGAUUCGACAGCAGAGGGCCACUGCCUGUUGCUUGCAUUACACAAAAUUGGUAUUUGACAGCAUUUGACCAGCAAAAGUGGAACUUUCACACAUUUCAGACCCCUCCCACCAGGCAAAUCCACAGAAGGCGAACCUGGUGGCCAUCUCCACUCCAGCCCACCGCCCACCUACCUCCAUUCUCCUUCAGCCUUGGGCAGUUCUGCUAGGGACUUCAAGAAUUCCCUGGGACAAAUUCUGGCAUGCACCAUGCUGUCGGGCUCUGCCCAGCUGCUGCCUUUUGGGCCCUCACCGACUUCCCUUUC